CCAAAGAGAACAGCGAAGAGCAGCUACAAGAGAGGAGGUCCUCUCCUCCCUUCCUCUGGUCUCUAACGCGGAAGAGGAAAAUAAAACAUUAAACAUUCAUCCACCAUGAUUCAGAUUUUCUUCAAUUAGAGGAAUCAGGGAGAGCAGAUCGUUGAAGAAGAAGAAAGGAUGUCGGGCAUAUGGAAGACCUUACGCGAGAAGCUACGGUUCCCAAAGAGUUCUAGCACAGGAUGCUGCGGAGCUCUAUGGGGCUCAAAGCGCUUCUCUCCUCAGACCGACCCCGCAAGAGGCGGAAACGGUGACGAGGUGAUCGAAGAGCUUGCUGCAACACAAUCGACGGGGGAGAUGAAUCUGGCGGCGGCGCUUGCGGAGGAGCGGCAGAUGCGGGCGGCGGAGGCGAUGUCGUUGGCGCCGGCGGUGGAGAUGGAGAGAAAUUCGCUGAUGAAUUGGUUAGAGGAGGAGGAGGAAGAGGAAGUGAAGCGGGAGGCGGUGGGAAUUGAGGAGAACUGUUGUGUUUGUAUGGAGAAGAAGAAGGGGGCGGCGUUUAUACCUUGUGGGCACGCUUUCUGCAGGGGUUGCGCUCGGGAUCUGUGGAUCGAACGCCGAUCCUGCCCGCUUUGUAAUCGUCCGAUCCUCGAGAUUCUCCAUAUCUUCUAGAAUUCUUAUUCCUUUGCAGUGGAUCUCUCUCUCUCUCUCUCUCUCUCUCUCUCUCUCUCUCGUUUCUUCGGGAGAUUUACAAUUCGAAGAAGAGAGCAUUGAGACUGAAAGAGGGAUAUUUUUUUUAAUUAUUUUUAAUUUAGGUCACGAUAUUCAUAUGAAAUUUUGAAUGAAAAAUUUGGUUGAAAAUAUUCUGAUAAAUUUUUUUUGCACUAUUUACAUAAUAAAACUUUUUUUCAACAAGAUUUUGUUGAGAAGGUGAUAUGUGACUCCAGGCUUGUUUGACUCUCGUGACUCGCGCAUCUCCCUCCCUAGCGAUUGCAUCCGGCGACAUGUGAAAAAUGAUGGGAGUAACGAUAAAAGUCAAUGGGAUUGGUGGCACAGUGGUAAAAGACGGGA